AUGUUGCCUGCGAAUAACUCGCAGAGGUCUAUAAUACCCUUCUGCCCGCUGUGCUGGCAGGUUCCUAAAUCGGGCCCUGCACCUCCGAGGUCCGAUGUGACCGCAGUGGUCAGCGCCACUCAGGGAGGAAGGAGACAGCAGGCCUACAAGACCGAGAUCAUCGGCGGCGUGGUGGUGCACACUCCCAUCCAGAAUGAAAGCGAAGAGACAGAAGGGAGGGAGAGGAAGGGUGACAGACCAGGUGUGUUGCGAUGCGGUUACUGUGUCAAACAAGGAAAUGUGAGGAAGAGCUGGAAGAGGAGGUUCUUCACCCUGGAUGACAAUGCAGUCAGUUACUACAAGUCUGAGAUGGACAAGGAGCCUCUGCGAGCUGUCCCACUGAGGGACAUACAGAAGGUCCAUGAAUGUCUCGUCAAGUCGGGAGAUCUGCUGCUGAGAGACAACCUGUUUGAGAUCAUCACCGGCUCCCGAACCUUCUACGUUCAGACGGACUCUCCGGAGGAGAUGCAUGGCUGGAUCAGGGACAUUGAAAUGAAGAUCCAGGACUUCAGAGGCCCCCCGAAGGGUUUUUCAUUUAGACGUGCGUCUUCUCUCUAUCGGAGUCCCAACGCGUCCUCGGCAUCCCGAGGCCAGCAGCGCGAGGAGCGCCGGCCUGCGCUGGUCAAGUCCUGCUCCGUGGCACCGGGCUGGCAGCCCUGGACGCCCGUCCCUCCGUGUGAGCCCUGCACCCCGGACGCAGAGGAUGAAGACAGCCCCUUCAGCCCCGUGUCCACGUUGCCUUCGCUCUCCUCCUCCUCCACCUCCUCCACCUCCACCUCCUCCUCCUCCAACUCCCUCUCCGCCACGACCAACUUCCUCGGCUCCAACCCGACCGGACCGGGCAUCCUCGCUGCGUCCAGAGAUGCGGCCGGCGGGCGUCGAAGGCACCGCUCGCAGCCUCAGCCUCACAGCGGCUGCAGCUUCCCCUUCAGCCUGGACGACGACGGCAUCCGCACCACGGACGUGUAAGCGCCCGGCGAGCUCCGUCCGGACCCGCCGCUCGGGACUCCACAGUUUGGUACCCGCUUUUAAAAUGAAUGUGACUCGUAAUGAUAAUUGUAGUAUUCCCUGCUUUAUGAAGUGACACUGUGACCACCCGCCUCGACGCCACGAUGUGUAGCCAUCUUGCCGACGAAGUAUACGCGCACCUGGAAGCGGAGCGAGAGGCGCAGUGUUUGUUGUUCACAGGACUGUGAAGAAAGUACGAUGGAAUGUUUUUAGCGCGACUUCCUCUGAAAACUUGAAUAAUCUCGGUGUUAAUUGUUCUUAAAGGCAAAGAAAUGAUGGCACAUGCUUUCAGUCUGUGGCACUUGGCUCACCUCGGGGUCGUAAUUCAAGAGUAUGUUUUCACCCCUGCUAAAAGUGUUCACCCAAAGGUGUUUAUGGCAUUCAAACACAUUAGCAUCCAUUUUCGUUUCUAGUCAAGCUCCUCUUCACAAAACAUAUUUUAGUUUUUUUUUUUUGAGGCCAGCAGUGUUUUUUUUUUUCCUCUUUCUUACUGAAACGCUUAUAUGACAUCAACUUUUCUUCAUUCAUAAUUAACAAAUAUUUGUUUACUAACAUCUGUGUGUAGGUCUCAUACAAAAAGGUACAAAUGAAUGAGGGCUUCUCUUUUUACGUGUUUGCACUGUUUUAACCAGGUGCGUUUAUUACUUGGCAGAAGAUCAACUGUCGGUAAACUGUGACUCCUCUCUUUGCUUUUAACAGGGUACCGUGAUAAUACAGCAGUGUUGAAAUGGUACUUGUCCUAGAAUGUUCUGCCACCAUCAAGUACAGUUGAUCAGCUGGUUGACAGCUUUGUAAAUGUAACUUUCUUACUGCAUUAUGUGCCACUACUUCUGGUAAUUCUGCACUUUGCUUUUGUUGUUUUUACUUGUUUUUUUGCCCCUACAGCAGAUAUUACACUUUCCUCUGAGAUGAUACCUCACAUACUUUGUAUUUCCACCGGUAGGCUCAGCCUUCAGCUUCCCCGCAACCCGUCAUCGAUGUUGUACCACGUUCACAACGGUUUCCGUUUUCUGAAGCUGUGUGCACUCGUCUGCCUGCAUUUAGCGCAUUUUCGUUCUUGUACAUUAAAUGAUGCUUUUUAUUUGUCUUAUUUUAA